UUUGAUGUUAGGGGUGUGAGCUUCCGGUAGGGUUGAUUCCUAUGGUCUGAAAAAGACCGACUGAGAGUAGAGAAAUCCAGCAUCAUCGGUCAUGGAUGCUCAGGGACGGAAAGUUGUGGUUUGCGAUAAUGGCACCGGUUUUGUCAAGUGUGGAUUUGCAGGAGCCAAUUUCCCUGCUCAUAUCUUCCCAUCUUUGGUGGGAAGGCCCAUCAUCAGAUCUGCAGAGAAACAUGACAACAUUGAAAUCAAGGACUUGAUGGUAGGGGAUGAAGCCAGUCAGCUGCGUGCUAUGUUGGAGGUGAACUACCCUAUGGAAAAUGGUAUGGUGCGGAACUGGGAGGAUAUGGAACAUCUGUACAACUACACCUUUGGUCCAGAGAAACUCGACCUGGAUGCACGAAAUUCUAAGAUUCUGCUUACAGAACCACCCAUGAAUCCAACCAAAAACAGAGAAAAGAUGAUUGAGUACAUGUUUGAGAAGUAUGAGUUUGCAGGUGUCUACAUAGCUAUCCAGGCUGUAUUGACUCUGUACGCACAAGGUUUAUUAACAGGAGUAGUGGUAGAUUCUGGAGACGGUGUGACCCACAUUUGCCCAGUAUACGAAGGAUUUGCUCUACCUCAUCUAACAAAGAGACUGGACAUUGCUGGUCGUGAUAUAACUAAAUACCUUAUUAAGCUUUUACUUCUACGAGGGUAUGCAUUUAACCACACGGCCGACUUUGAGACUGUGCGUAUGAUGAAGGAGAAGUUGUGCUACGUAGGAUACGACAUUGAACAGGAACAGAAGCUGGCACUGGAGACAACAGUAUUAGUAGAAACUUACACUCUUCCUGAUGGGAGAGUGAUAAAAGUGGGCGGGGAAAGGUUUGAAGCCCCAGAGGCCCUGUUCCAGCCCCAUCUCAUCAAUGUGGAUGGAGUUGGUGUGGCUGAGCUCCUAUUCAAUACAAUCCAGUCUGCUGACAUGGACACAAGACCCGACUUCUACCGUCACAUUGUCCUUUCGGGUGGCUCCACCAUGUACCCAGGCCUCCCCAGCCGACUAGAGAGGGAGCUUAAACAGCUCUAUCUGGAGAGAGUGCUGAAGGGAGACACUUCGAGACUCUCUUCCAAGAAAUUUAAGAUUCGGAUAGAAGACCCUCCCCGGAGGAAGCACAUGGUAUUCUUAGGUGGUGCUGUGUUAGCAGACAUUAUGAAGGAUAAGGACAGUUUCUGGAUGACACGAGAAGAAUACCUGGAGAAAGGUGUGAGAUGUUUAGACAAACUAUUGACACCUGUCACAUAACUCUCUUGACAGACGAUCAUUUAACUAGUGCCACAACAGAUCACCAUUCCAAUCAACUGUUGACAGGAUCUGGCCGGAAUGCAUGUGUUCAACUUCUUAGCAUGUAUGUAAUUUUCUCUUCAAGUAUCAUCUUUACUCUGAAUUCAUAUACCCGAGGAGUGCUGCAGUUUGGAAAACUGAAGUUAACCCAUGUGGCUGGAGUACUUCUGUUGGAGAAAUUAUGCAAUCAUCUUUGAAAAAAUGUUAAAUGUAUAGAUGAUUUAAUAAGUUUAUAUGAGAUAAUGGAAUUAUUUAUUUUCAGCAGUUAUUACAAAAUAUUUUAUCAUGACUUUGGCGCUAUGUUUACCCAGCUAUUUAAUUGGCCAGCGAGAACUAGUAAUACAUCGGUAUAUAUAAUGAACUAGAUAUUUAUUCCAGCAAAGUCCUUACUUUAUUUCUCAUCACAGUUUAACCUAACUGUUAUUUAUUCAAUGUUUAAGACAACUUUGACCACAGUUUCUGACCUGCUAAUAUUGUUCUACAUUUCUUGCAGCAAUGCAUGUAUUCACUCAAUGUUCCAGCCUCUCAUUGUUCAUUGUAACAUUAUCAAACUUGUGAUAUUAAUUUCCAGUUGGAAAGAAUGUGAGUACACAUGCAUGCGAUUGAUUUCUGAGACCACAUACAGCUGUUUUGAUUUACAAGCUGACGUAGGACAUGUGUGCCACAACUUUUACUUUGGCCUAUGUUGUAAAAAUCCUGGUAAAAUGAAAACGGUGGGGAAAAUUUGAAUUUAUUUAGUAGUUGAACUUAGAAUACCUCCCAUUGAAAAUUAUCAUAAGUGAAAUGUAAAAGUAUAUCGACAUUAUUGCAUCAAUGCAAUCUUGAUGUAAAUUCCCAAUAUGAUGCCACAAUCAAGGCCGAAUAUUUGAAGGUCACAUGUUCUAAAGUACUGAUAUUGUGACAUAUUAUCGAGUGAUCUGUAGAAAAGCAUCUGAUAAAAAUCAGGAUAACGGGGAUUAUAUCCAGGCUUUGUACAACCGGCUCAGUGUGAGAAUGAAUGCUAAUGUUUCCUCAUUUCCUCUCAGCUUUGUGCAGUUUCACAGGUUUAUGAUUACUACAAACAUAUUACUACAUCAGUACUUUAAUGUGUUCUCAAGUUAGGAAGAACCAUCUUCACAAUUAUUGUCUCAAUUUUAGAGAAUUUUUAUUCUAUAACCAAAAUGAAAGGAGUAAACAUAACUUAUUUGAAUUGUUAUGUUUUGUAGUAAUCAUGAAUUUGUGCUAUCCAUUUUUUGUUUUGCUUCUUCAGUUAACUUUUCUGUUUUAUUUUGGUGCAACUCUUUGGUGCUUCCAGUGGCUUACUUUAAGGAUUUUGAUAUUUGAAACAUCUGCUGUGUGCUUGCCAUCAAAAUACACAAACCAAUCUAGAUCUUGUGUAUUUGUGUAGAGUUGAAUGAGUAAGACGGUACCUUCACAUGUUGUGGUCCAACAGUUAGCGAAUACCUAGUGCCUUUAUGUGAGGGGGAAAUUACUGAGCAUUCUCUCCAGUGUACAAGGAUUGUACUUAAACCCUGUGCUGCUGCUAAGGAUGAGGAUAAUACCAGUUUUAUAUCUAGUAUAGAACAGUAUAUUUAUGACUGAAGCAUUCCUCAUACUAUUUCUGUCUUUAAUAACAUUUAAUCUUGUUCUGUUGAUCCGUUGUCUAUUUAUACAAAAGAUUUUUAUUGCAUAUUUUUUUCAUAAAAUAGUUUGAAUUGUUAAUAUUAUUGAAUGUUUUCAAUAACUGUGUCCUACGUGUCUAUUAGCGCUACACAUGUAUCCGUUUAGAACAACUGUUUGAGCAUACUUUCUAACUGUAUCAAUUUUUUCUGCAUAUUUUUACUACUGUAUGUAGCGAUGUUAAUAUUGUCUGGUUUAUUUUUCAGCUAGAGUAGAAACUUCCUCGUUUUGGUCAGAAAAUAACAUGCUACCACAGUAUCACAUUUCACCAUGUUACUGUUAACAUUGACUAAUCAAUAGAUAAGGCCCCCUUUCGCGUAUUCGGUUCAACCGGUUCGUUCGAUUUUAAAUGAAACAUUUUCAGGUAUGAAUACUGGCGGACCUGCAAUUGUUUGUGCAGGCCUUGCAAGGCUUUGUCAAGGCUCGCCUGAAAUCAGCAUUAGAUUAAUUACUAGGUCUGACCUUAUUUCAUAAAUGGUUCAGCGGUUUGGAUCAUGAUGAACAAAGUGGCCAAGGUCUUGUGCAUAGUAUUUAAUGGAAUACUUGAAAAAAGGCAUACAUAUACUUUAAUAAGAUCUGGGGAUGUAGUCCAUGCAAAACCCUACUGACUAGUUACCAAUCCGUGCUGUGGAUUUCAAAUUAUUUCUAGAUUACAGUAGUCGUCUCAUACAAACACAGAGUUAUUGCUAGGAUACCACUGUAAGGCUUGUCUUGUAGAAACACUCUCUAAGCAAUUACUCAAUGAAUUAUGAAAAUAAUUUCAAGUCAUUCACCGUUAAACUACCCAGUCAGUCAAGACAACUCGAAACACUUAAGUUGUUCAAAUUUUUGUCAUAUUUUUUUUCUCAGUUAACUUCUAGUUAUACUAGCAAAAAUAGUUCACAAACGUUUUCGUUUUUGCUAGUCAAAGAUGAACGAUUUUUAUUUAAAAUCUGAUUUAAGAAAUUUUAUUUUCCUGAGGCAACUUGGCAUGAAAGUAAUGAAUUAUGGGCUUGUAAUUUUUUUUCUGUAUUAUACACUGAUUUAACAUUAAAAUAGAGGCAAGUGACAGCAGGAAGAUGUAAGAGGUAAUACAUCCCAAAGCGACCACUUUUCGUGCAAUGAUACCAUCGCCAGUUUCUUCACCCACUUACACAACAUUUAAGUCGUAUGUUUUUGUUUAUGUGUGAUUAUUUUAUUAGAAUGCAAUUUCAAAAAUUCAUGGAUAACGUAUGGAUGAAUGUAUGUAGGUUCAUCUCUGUGAUAUAUAAAUAAUAUGAAGGCCAUACAUAUAUAUAUAUAUAGUAUGCCAGGAUUUUUUGUUUCCUAUUUUAAAAGAGAAUGUCGAGUGAAUGAAGUAUAUUGUACAACGGUGUAUAUAUAGUUUUGUAUCGUUAUGAACAAAAUAUAGUGUAUGAUAACCAUAAAUAAUGGCUCACUGUAUAAACCAAUGACAUGGGACGACCAUCAGGUGUUGUAUAUAAUUUUGUACAUGUAUUGAAAAACCUUGAUGGACUUGUCUUAAGUUGUUAAAAAAAACUUUGAUGAAAGAUUUCAUCAAAAUUAAAAAUGCUUUUAUUAAUGUAAA